AUGGGUAAACUUACUAACCUGAGGCAUCUGCAAAAUUUGCUGACUACUCUAGAGUAUUUGCCAAAAGGAAUUUCAAGAUUAACCUCUCUUCAAACGUUGAAUGAAUUCGUUGUAAGUAGUGAUGGUGACAAUAAAUGCAAAAUAGGAGAUUUGAGAAACUUGAACAACCUUAGAGGGGAACUGGGAAUAAGAGUGUUGUGGAAAGUGGAAGAUGAAAGGGAGGCCCAAAAAGCAGAAUUGAAGAAUAAGAUACACCUCCAACAUUUGACAUUGGACUUUGAUGGAAAGGAGGGGACGAAGGGUGUGGCUGCAGCUCUAGAACCCCAUCCAAACUUGAAAUCUCUAUCUAUACAACGGUAUGGUGAUACAGAAUGGCAUGGUUGGAUGAUGAGGUCAUCAUUAACCCAGCUGAAAAAUCUUGCACUCUCGUAUUGCAGCAAAUGCCUACGUAUGCCUCCAUUGGGGGAACUUCCUGUCCUAGAGAAGCUGGAAAUAACGGAUAUGGGAAGUGUGAAACACAUUGGUGGCGAGUUUUUGGGAUCAUCAUCAAGAAUUGCAUUUCCAAAGCUGAAGAAACUCACUUUUCAUGACAUGAAAGAGUGGGAAAAGUGGGAAGUAAAAGAAGAAGAAGAAGAAGAAGAAGAAGAGAAAUCAAUAAUGUCAUGUCUUAGUUACUUGAAAAUCCUUGGAUGCCCAAAGCUGGAGGGGCUACCUGACCAUGUGCUCCAGAGGACACCAUUGCAGGAACUAAUCAUCGCAGAUUCCGAUUUCCUACAGCAGCGCUACCAACAGGAUAUUGGAGAGGAUCGACAAAAAAUAUCUCAUAUCCCAAUAGUCAAAUAUGAAGGGGAGUGA